UCAUUAAAAACGAACGUAAUAAUCUUAGCCUCAACACUACGUAUAUAGAGAGCCAGCAUAUCAAAAACAGAGAUUCAAAAAAUAUAUAAAGAAUACAUCAUAAAUCAUAAAUCCUCUCAGGUUAGAUGACAGAAGGAGAGGAAUAUUCUCAGGGGAGGAUGUCAGUAAAUCCUUUCAUGACCAUGAAGAAGAGCAAUCACAACAAGAACAAUCAGAGAAGGUUUAGUGACGAGCAGAUCAAAUCACUUGAGAUGAUGUUCGAGUCUGAGACAAAGCUUGAGCCAAGGAAGAAGGUUCAGUUAGCCAGAGAGCUUGGCUUGCAGCCUAGGCAAGUGGCUAUAUGGUUCCAGAACAAGAGGGCUCGUUGGAAAUCGAAGCAGCUCGAGACAGAGUUCAACAUUCUCAGACAAAACUAUAACGACUUGGCUUCUCAGUUUGAGUCACUCAAGAAAGAAAAGCAAGCUUUAGUCUCUGAGUUGCAUAGACUAAACGAAGAGGUGCAGAAAACGCAGGAGGAAGAAAGACUGUGUUGUGGUAAUCAAGCAGCGGUGGUGGCUCUAAGCAGCACAGAUCAUGAAUCAGAAAACGAAGAGAUCACAAGGCGUAAACAGGAGAAGGAGGAGGAGGUUAGGCCAGAGAUGGAAGUGUGUGAGAAGGGUGAUGAUGGGGUUCUGUGUGGUCAUCACAAUGAUGAUUAUGCUGAUGGUGGGUACAAUAACAACAUCAAGAGAGAGUAUUUUGGUGGGUUUGAGGAAGAAGCAGAUCAGCUGAUGAACAUUGUGGAGCCGGCUGAUAGUUGCUUAACAUCAUCUGAUGACUGGGGAGGUUUCAAAUCAGAUGCUAAUCUCUUGGAUCAAUCCAGCAGCAAUUGCCCAUGGUGGGAUUUUUGGUAAUGAAAAAAAAGCUAAAGCUUAGUCUUUUGAGCUCAAAUAUCAUGGUUCUUUUUCUGUAUAAAUUGUGUUAGAAGGAGUAGUAUAUUCUCUCAGUUAGUCUUUGUAAUUCUGUAUGUAGUAGAAUUAAGUACGUAUCAUGCUUUGUAGCUAAGUAGUAAGUUUAAGACUUGAUUUGGAUGAAUAAUGAAUCAAUGGCAGAGAAUCAUAUAUAUAAUAAUAAUAUAUAGUUUGUGCA